AUGAUGCUGAUGCUGAUAUUCUUCCUUUUCACCCUCCCGGUGACUGUCACUGCUGAGGAGCAUGGUCAACAGCGAGGGUCCUCGUUUUCUGGAGAAUAUGGAAGUGGAGGAGGAACCAGCUUUUCACUCUCUGGGGAGCACAGAAGGGGCAAGAUAACUGGAUUUCGAAUCUAUGAACAAUGCAGUGGGAUCAUCCAUGGCAUCCAGUUCCAGUAUGCCCACAUCUGGAGCGAAUCACAUGGCUCCAAGUCAGGACGGAGCCACGAGGUUCUCCUCAAGAACGGUGAGAAGAUCACUCAAGUCCUAGGCAAAUACUACUCCUACAUCCAGCAACUGAUAUUCAUCACCAACUACGGCCGAAUCUUCACUUUUGGGCAGCCAUCAGGCUACUCCUUCAAUGCCACUCCCCACUACCGAGGAGCCUUCCUGAGCUACGUCAGUGGGCACCACAAUAGUUAUGGUCUCACUGGCGUUGGCUUUCACUGGGAUGAGCCCAAGUUCAUCAAGGCCUGAGGGUCAAAUAGCGCACCGGGGAGGGAGAGGAAAGGCUCAAUAUUCCCCGAGCCUAGCAGAAUCAUGGGAAUUUGGGGUGGGUGACAAAGUAUAUAUAUGACAAAACUAGCAGG